AUGAAGAAUCAAACAGCAUUAACAACUUUCAUCUUGCUGGGACUGAUAGAUGACUCACGACUUCAAAUUCUGCUUUUUAUUUUUCUAUUUCUUUCCUACACAUUAAGUGUAACUGGAAACCUAACUAUAAUCACUCUCACUUUGCUAGAUUCUCACCUUAAAACACCAAUGUAUCUUUUCCUUCAAAAUUUUUCCUUCUUAGAAAAUUCAUUCACAACUGCUUGUGUUCCCAGAUUCUUAUACAGUAUGUCUUCUGGGGACUGGUCUAUUACCUAUUAUGCCUGUGCCAGUCAACUCUUAUUUAUAGAUCUCUUUGCAGUAACAGAAUUCUUUCUGCUUGCCACCAUGUCCUAUGAUCGUUAUGUGGCCAUCUGCAAAACACUACAUUACACAACUAUCUUGAGCAGCAGAGUAUGCAAGAACUUCAUCCUCUUCUGUUGGGCAGCAGCAUUGAUGAUCAUUCUACCACCAGUUAUUCUGGGUUUGGGCUUGGAAUUCUGUGAUUCUAAUGUUAUUGAUCACUUCUGCUGUGAUGCCUCUCCUAUCCUAAAGAUUUCUUGCUCAGACACAUGGCUAUUGGAACAAAUGGCUAUUGUGUGUGCUGUGCUGACAUUCAUCAUCACUCUCUUGUGUGUAGUUCUUUCGCAUACUUAUAUCAUUAGGACAAUUCUUAGAUUCCCUUCUACCCAACAAAGGAAAAAGGCAUUUUCCACUUGUUCUUCCCACAUGAUUGUUGUUUCCAUUACUUAUGGUAGUUGCAUCUUCAUUUACGUUAAACCUGCAGCCAAGGAUGAGGUGGCUAUUAAUAAAGGGAUUUCGCUUCUAUCAACAUUCAUGGUACCAGCAGUUAAUAAAUGA